AUGGUGCCCGGUGAGCAUGGGAGUCUUCUGGGCAAGCUGAGAGAGCGGAUUAAGCUAUGUGAAGAGUACAAAACCCGAACAGAGGAAAUGAUCCAUCGGAUCCUGGAGCAGCACGCGAUGUGGAGGUCACAACAUACGGCUAUUCUUGAAGUAUACACCGCCCUGGGAGGAUGGACGAAGGAUGCUGCGCAGCAGGCGGCAACGGCGGCUCUCCCUCUCCCGUCGAUGCAGCUUCAGAGAUCCCGCCCUGGUGAUUCUUCAGCGCCAAGACCUGCAAGUUCGGAGCAGAUCGUCGUUUUGGAUGGCCCCGACCACGUGUGGGACCGUCAUUUCGGACAUGUCGAUUUCGAGGACCAGGUUCCUCAGAGGUUCGAGCGAGAGAUUUCACAGCAGGUCGCGGCAGACGAGACGGAUGUUGCAGAAGAUGAGGAUGUGAUGCUGGUGGCAGAUAGCCUCAAGGAUACUGCAACGGAGCAGGAUAUUGCUAUGCCGGCGACGUACACACAGGCUGCUGCCGACACCCAGGCCGCAAAACAGCAGCCCGAUGAGGGCAUCAGCCUCGGCAAGCAACUCGCACGGUCCCAGCUGGCCAGGAUGUCGGUGCGGAGUUCCGAGUUUGACUCGGCAUCCUUCUGCUUUGGCAUGAGCACUGACGAGCUGGGUAAACAGAUUCUGGCCGACCUUGAAAGAAUCCCCGACAAACAUUGGGAAACCAGGUCGAGACAGAAUGUUAGACCCACCGGAGAGGCAAAGAGUUUGCAGAAAACACUGGGCCUCUUCGUGGGUGCCGUUUGGUCUGGAAUACCUAUGCCGACAACUGACACCUUCAAAUUUCGCAAGCUGACUGGAAACAUCCUGCAUUACGCGAGAAAGCUCGGAGUUGGGGAAGCUACAUCCAUUCAAGUCACCAAGAAUCUGUGCACAAAGCCGCACAGGGACGGGAACAACAAAGGGCCAAGCUGGAUUUUUGGUCUGGGAGAUUGGACUGAAGGGGGUGAGACUUUUGUUCAAGAUGACAGCGGGACUGAGCAGUACGAGUUGCAGGAACACAUCCCCAGCAUCGGCCCAAAAGGCCAGGUCUUGCGUGGAUUCAAAAGGGACAUCCACACGCUCCAGAAGUUUGAUGGCACCAAAAUCCACUGCACGAUCCCAUUCGAAGGCACUCGCUAUGCCAUUAUACUGUAUGCCAUCAACAGGUCCUAUCACAAGACGCCCGCUCUCGCUCGUGCUCUGUUGAUCCGUCUCGGGUUCAAUCUCCCCCUGCACGAGUUCGAGGCAAGUAUCCAAGCAGGGGAUGAGGAACUUGUCGGGGCUGCCGUCGAGGGCAGGCCAGUGGCAGACGAGCCUGGACGUCACCCGCCGCCAACAGGUCGGUCCAGGCCAUCGAAGCGCUCGCAUGAGGAUGCUGAGGGAGUCGGGGCAGAGCCAGGGGAGCCUUCUGGUGCCAGGUGGAUGGGUGUUCCGCUUGUUUCGCCUGUCUCUCGCAGUCCCAACGAACCCGAAGUGCAGGAGCUGUGGUCAGAUUCCGAUGUGGAGUCAUUGAAAGACUUGAAGUCACAAGAGCACGCGGAAGGCUUGGAAGAGCGAGGAGUCUGUCAAGACGAAGUGGGAGGCCUUGUGUCCUCCUUGAGUUCGCGAUGUUCUCGCUAG